UCUCAUUUUGAAUUGCCACAACUUCCGUUUCAUUCAAUCAAUGCGACCUACACUUCUCUCACUGCCUUCCUCCUUGAACCCUACAAUGGCGUCCAGAUCGAGCUCGCUGAUGUGGUUCAGGAAGGGGCUCCGCCUGCACGACAACCCUGCGCUCGAGCACGCUGCCAAGGGGUCGGAUUUUCUGUACCCGGUGUUUGUGAUCGACCCGCACUAUAUGGAGCCGGAUCGGAAUGCGUUCUCGCCUGGUUCCAAGCGCGCUGGUUUGAAUCGGAUUCGGUUCCUGCUCGAGAGUCUGGUGGAUCUCGACUUGAAUCUCCGGAAGUUGGGCUCGCGGUUGCUGGUGCUUGAGGGUGAGCCUAGCGAGGUUUUGAUUCGCUGCUUGAAAGAGUGGAGCAUAAAGAAGCUAUGCUUUGAAUUUGAUACGGAGCCAUAUUAUCAGGCUUUGGAUGAUAGAGUAAAGAAAUAUGCUACAGCUGCUGGUGUUGAACUUUUCUCACCUGUGAGCCACACACUCUUCAAUCCUACUGAAAUUAUACAAAAGAAUGGUGGCACACCACCUCUGAGCUAUCAAUCUUUCGUCAAACUUGCUGGGGAACCAUCUUGGGCUUCAUCUCCCAUUUCAACUGAUCCUAUCAGGCUUCCUCCUGUUGGAAGUGUUGUGAAUUGUGCAAUCUCUGAAGUUCCAUCAGUCAAGGAACUCGGAUACGAGGAUUCAAAAGAGGACGAGACUCCCUUCAAAGGUGGUGAAUCAGAAGCAUUGCGAAGAUUAAGAAAAUCAAUUUCAGACAAGGAAUGGGUGGCCAAGUUCGAAAAACCAAAGGGAGAUCCAUCGUCAUUUCUCAAACCAUCAACUACUGUUUUAUCGCCUUACUUAAAAUUCGGUUGUCUCUCUUCCAGAUAUUUCUACCAAUGUCUUCAAGAGGUCCAGAGAAGUGUGAAAAAGCACACAUCUCCACCAGUUUCCCUUCUUGGGCAGUUGUUAUGGCGAGAUUUCUUCUACACGGCUGCUUUUGGCAUGCCUAAUUUUGAUCAAAUGAAGAACAAUAGGAUUUGCAAACAGAUACCAUGGAAAACUGAUGAAGAACUCCUGGAAGCUUGGAGAGAUGCUAGGACAGGAUUUCCAUGGAUUGAUGCCAUAAUGGUUCAGCUUCGGAAGUGGGGAUGGAUGCACCAUCUUGCUCGACACUGCGUUGCUUGUUUUCUAACUCGAGGAGAUCUGCUCAUACAUUGGGAGAAAGGACGCGAUGUUUUUGAGAGACUUCUUAUUGAUUCUGAUUGGUCACUCAACAAUGCUAACUGGUUGUGGUUAUCAUGCUCAUCUUUCUUCUACCAGUAUAACCGAAUCUAUUCUCCAAUCAAUUAUGGCAAGAAAUAUGACCCAAAUGGCAACUAUAUUAGGCACUUCCUCCCUGUACUAAAAGACAUGCCUAAGGAGUACAUUUAUGAGCCAUGGACAGCUCCUCCCGGCAUACAAUUGAAAGCCAAAUGUAUAAUUGGAAAAGAUUAUCCCAAGCCAGUCGUGUCUCAUGAUCUUGCAAGCAAAGAAUGCAAGCGGAUAUUGCACGAAGCGUACGAGCUGAACCGAAGGCUGAAUGGCCAGGUAAGUGAUGAAGACCUGCAAAGUUUGAGGCAAAAACUGGAGGAUGAUAAGAAAGCAGAGCCAAAAUCCAAGAGACUGAAACAAACUACCCUUGCGUGAGUGAUCUUCCUUGCUCUUAAACUACUACAGGUACAAUAUAUUGCUUUCGUUUAUAUAUUAUUGUAAUUGUUGUUAUCAUCUCAAUUUCACAAUAUAGUAAAUUAGAAUGGUAAGACCAUAAUUCGAAGAAGUUGAUGGAUUUUUAUUUAUUUA